UCGCUGCAGUGUUUAGUUGAGUCGUUUCGUGUUUGGGUCGCGUACGACAAAGUUUUCCGCGAAGUGUCGCACAAAUCGAUUGUGGCGCGGAAAAUCGUUUUUUUUUUUUGAAUGACACGAGGUGGAAAAAAUACGUCGUCAUAAACACAAUAAUAGCGAGGGCGACACAAACCUUACCUAGAUACAUUAUUGAAGGUCAUUGCAAUCUAUACAUAUCCGUAGCUGUUCAGAAUGAACGGAAUCGAAAAUACGAUGAGCGAUCAAUGCGUAAUUUCCUCAGAGUUCAAUUUGGAAUUUGAUCAAAAGAAAUCUUACAUUAUUGUUCCAGUCACGAAACUCUGGGUGGCGGUUGAUGCUGUGACACGGGUAUUUCUACCGACAGUAUUCCGGUUCUGCUACACGUGCGUAAAGAACCAACAGAAUGUAGUUUACAGCGUGCGCUACGAAGUAUUCCCUGCCAUAACGACAUUCUUGUUCAACAGCGUAAGCCGGUCUUUCACUUCGGUGCAAAAUAUAGCGUCUUCUAUGCCGGUGAAAAUUGCCAAAGAACCGAAACUGAUGGUCGAAGCGACUGAGCCCGAUACGUCCUACGAGGGAACGCCGGAAAAAUGUGUCACCUGCCAAGUUUUGACCGAACCGGAAGGCAAUGUCCGCGCUGACGUUGUUUUUGUCCAUGGAUUACAUGGCGGCCUUGAUCGGACUUGGAAGCAGGGCACCUGGAGAAGUGAUGACAAAAACAAUAGUUUCUCUACCCGUGAACAGUCAUCAACCAUUCAUGAACUCGAUUCUCGAGUGAAUACGCAAUCAUCAACACUCAAGAGGACAUUAAAUCAUAUUUAUUCCAAAAUUCCUCGAAAAAUUUCGAAAAAAGAAGAUCAUACGCAGUUUACUUCAGAUAUCGUCGAGUCAGCAAAACAAUAUUGUGAAGAAUACACUAAUUGUUGGCCUCAAGAUUGGUUACCGUUGGAUUGCCCCGACACACGCGUGAUAGCCCUCAACUACACGACAGAUGUGUUGUGGUGUCCUAUAUGGCAGAAACAGAAAAAUCGGACAAAUUUAGUUGAACGAAGCAAGGAAAUGAUAGAAGAACUAUUGAAACAUGGUGUGGGGAACAGACCUAUCAUAUGGGUGGGACACUCAAAAGGUGGAUUGUUUAUAAAACAAAUGUUGCUUAAUGCGUAUGAUUUACAUCACCAAAAUGACGUUACCGGGAAGUUGUACCAUCAGACGAAAGGAAUUAUGUUCUACAGCGUGCCGCAUAAAGGCUCUUCUGUAGCUGAUUUGCAAUUUCCGCUCUUUCGUCGCAGCAUAGAACUAUUAGAGAUCCAAAGAAAUUGUGAUUAUGUGUUAAAUUUGCACCAGAAAUUUCUCGAAAUAUUUAGUGAUGAGAAUGAGAACAAACCUGAAAUAUUUAGUUUUAUAGAUACCGUUUACACAAGGAUGGGAUUCAUGAACAUUGAAAUGAUUGCCUAUGAGUCCGCAGAUCCGGAAAUAGGACAUAAACGUGCUGUACCAUUGAAUCACAGGGACAUAUGCAAACCUUCCGGAAGGGAUUGUUUGUUAUAUUUGGAGUUAGUUCAGUUGAUACAAAGAUCCGUAUCGAAGGAAUUACAACUUAGAAAUAGCUAAAGUUAUAUCUUGGUCACCAAAUAAAUAAGUUAAAUUACUUGCAACAGUAUUAAGAAUUUUUAUGUUCCUGACAGAAUAUAGCUUUUCGGUAAAUGAUUUCAUUGAAUUGAUAAAUCCUUGAAUGUAUAUACAUUGUGAUAAUAGAUUUAUAAACGUUGUGAACAUGAAUUAUAAUAUAUUAUAAA